AAUAAUUGUAGCUUAACAUUGUAAGUUUCUUUGGAGAAAAGUUUUUAAUAAAUGUACUGGGGGCAGUUUCUAGACACCAGGGGGACUUUGGAGUCAGCAUGUAAGCCGAGGGGACAGUUUUCAGUGUGCUCGGGACAAUUUACAGGCUGUUGUGGUCAAUUUGGGGAAGUUAGCAGCUUCUGGUUCCUCUGGGUACAGUUUGAAGUCCGUUGGGAAUAGUUAGAGGUCAUUUUAGUGCAGUUCUCAGUCAUCUGGUGACAGUUUUGGUUCAGUGGUUCAUUGGUCUCAGUCUGAGGUCAGAUGGGAACAGUUAGAGUCACUCAAGGACAAGGAUCACUGAGAGACAGUUAAAAGUCAGCUGUGGGCAGUUUGAGGGUGGCUGGGGCCAGCUGGGAGCAGCUUUCAGUCCUUUAGGCAGAUAGUGUUGGCCGUCAAGAAGAGCUAUGGGGAAACCCCUGAGUAAGCCAGACUGCCUGCGGAGAGGUCCCCGAUGCCUGGGGAAGGGGGACGGCGAAGAUGGGGGCAUCGAGGACUGCUACAUCCCUCAGCGCUCCAUCUACGACACCGUGCGCAUCAACGAGCAGAUUGACCAGGGCUCUGCCUCCAGUACGCUGGGCUCUGGGGCUGGCGAGGGCAGCACCCUUUCGACAAAUGGCACGCUUGCAGCUGGCGGAGUCUCCCGCCCAGGAUCCGGGAAGAAGCUGGAUGAGAGACAGAUCUUCGAUGCACUCAAGCUCAGCGUAGACCCCCAGAGCCGCCCCCCUGGAGAGGGCGGAGCCUCCGUCUCUCCUGGUGCGUCUUCAUGCUCCUCGGCUUUGGGAGUGGUCAGGAGAUCCGCUGGUGCUGAACGAAACGACUCCAACCGCCGGUCGUGGAAGACCUUCCUGCCUCCUGAGUUUGUCGAGGAGACGAUGGAAAAACAGGAGUCAGGGGCUCCACCCUGCAUGGCCCCUCCCUCUGCAGGUUCAUCCUUACUGAUUUCUCCUUAUUCCUCAAGCCCCCACAUCCCACCAGCAUCGGGCUCCUCACCCCAAACCUCAACCGUGACCUCCCUUGUGGCUCUCCAGCCCAACGUGCUCUCGACACCUGCCUUGGUCUCUGCCACCAAUCAGCAGCCUUCCUCGUUGAGGCUUGAUCCUGCCCUGUUUGCCCCUACACGGCCUGGCCGGAAGGAUGGAGCAGAACAGGCGCCGGACAUCCGCAGGUCGUCCUUCCAGGGGCCCCAAGUGGCCUUUAGGACAGCCAUGGGUGCUGAGGUGCGUCAUGACCGCGAGUCUCCCGUUCCAGAACCGGACAGUGACACUGCCCUCCUGCUGCCCCCCCUAGUGUCCCCGCCUCUUGCGCUCUCUGCCACACCCACUGAGCGCACCUGGCCCCGCAGACUCCUGGGAAGGAGGAGGACUGUGAGCCAGGGCGGAGUGCUCCAUAACCUCCCUGUGCUCCCACCGCUGCCUCCUCUGCUGGCUGACUACCGCAGCAUGAAUGAGGAGUCGGUGCGUCUGCUGGGACACUCCAUGCAGGCUGCUGAGCUCCGUGUUAAGGAGAAGGACUGGAUGGUCCUGCAGCAGCUGGAGGAAGAGGAGGAAGAGGGCAGCGAGGUGGCAGUGGAGCAGAGCGACGAGGCCGGCUGGGACGCUGUACUGCGGCAGGUAGACUCCCUGUGGGAGCCUCUCAUGGGAGGAGCGGACAUCCCGGGGUGGGACCCUCAGUGCACGGGAUCUUUGAGCCGCUGGCCUCUAUUGCGCCCCCCCGCUGGGUUCGGUGGGUCAGAGCCCCCUUCGGGUCCUGGGUCCGAGCUAGGUUCAGAUGACCUGGAGCUGGAGGUCCUCAAUGAAGAGCCUGGGGAGACUGCAGGGCUCAUUGGCCCCCAGCAGCCUCUGGGAGCAGGACCGACCCCCCCGGAUUGCUGCCAGCUGCCUAGGACCCUGACGGACCUGGACCCUCAUCCGCAGGAACAGGAGGACAAAGAGGAACCGGGUUCUUCCAAAGCCGAGACACACAAGAUAGCUGUGCAACAGCCAGAUUCAAACCACUGCUCCAGCUCAGGGGGCUCAGGCCUCCUGGACUCGGGUUCUAGUGGUGACAGAGUCAGCAGUGCUGGUAACACAGGUAGCACUGAGUCACCAGAGAAAGAUCCAGACCUUCAGACUCAAGGGACAGAAGAAAAACUCCCGGGCAGGAGUGACGUUAGUAAGGACGUCUCCAUGGAGACUCAGGAUGGUGGGAACGAGCCGCGGUGCCAGAUGGGAGACGGUGAAGGUGCGAAAGAGAAGAUCCAUGAUGAUGGAGCCGAGAUGAAGGAGGAGGAACUGAAGAGCAGCACUAGGAGCCAGGAGGUGAUCUCUGCACCCAGCAGGCUGCCUGAGAAGAGGAGAGCAGAAGGGGAGGAACACGGGGUGGACGGCAUUGAUCUACCCCUGCCUUUGUCCCCCUCCAAGCACGAGGUGCGAGGCCUGGCAGUCGAGGGAAAGGAAGCCGAUGCCUUUGUGGCUACAGACAGUUUCAUUUACUUGGCAGUGUCAGCGCUGCCCCCUUUCCCCCAGGAGACCAAGCCUGCAUCAUUAGAGGGGUCCGAACCCCCUAGCCCAGGGGCGCUGCCUCACACCUGGCAAGAAGAGAAUGACUUCCUCUCCACCGACAGUUUUGUGUAUCUAGCUGCUCCAGAGCGCCUCCCGCUGACCACAGCAGGCAGCUGCACAUGUGGUGAUUCUCAGGCCUCGAGCUCAGAGGACAGUCGAUCUGGAGUGGACUUUGUGCUGGGCUCCAUGACUGGGGACAGCGACUGGGAUUCAGACGGCUCGGGGUCCGAACCAGCGCCGAACCAGCAGGACUGGGACCACUGGGAGGAGCUGGAACCCGCCGUGCUGCCGGAUCUCUUCUGUGAUGACACACCGGAUCAGGAGUCCCAGGACUCUGAGCUGUGUGACCACAGGUCCAGUGGAUCGGAGCAAGAGGCAGAGCAUGGGCUGGAACAGGAGGCAGAGCAUGGCUCUGAAAAGGGGGCGGAGCCUAGACUGGAAGAGGAGGCAGAGCGUGGAUUGGAACAGGAGGCAGAGUCAUCGCCAACGGUCACCCCCACAAAGUCCCAGCUGCAGGUCUUGAUGGACCUCUUCUCUGAGACUCUGGCACAGCUGGAGCCCUGGCUCGAGGAGACAGAAACAGUGAUGGAGCACCUGCCUCCACCUGAUGUGGAUCCAGAAGCUCUGCGACAGCAGCAGGAUCACUUCAGGAUACUGAGGGAGUGCGUCUCGGAGCACCAGGCCAACGUGAGAAAGCUGCAGCUGAUCGGAGCACCGCUUGCCAAGCUGAGUGGCCAGGAGGGGACGACAGUGAGGCAGCGCUGCAGCUCAGUGGAACGGCGCUACUUGGCUGUCAAAGAGAAGGUCACCAGUCAUGGCGCAGUGCUGCAGGAGGCCAUUUUUCAGACCUCACAGUUCCAUGAGAAGAUGGACUCUCUGCUGGAAACCUUGGAGAAGGCAGCUCAGCGUCUCAGGCAGCGCCCCCCAGUGGCCGUUGAAGUGGAGAAGAUUCAGGAGCAGCUGGCAGUGCACCGGGCCGCAGGGUGGGAGUUGGAUAAGCUUUUGCCAUCCUACAGCGCCCUCUGCGUCCUGGGGGAGAAACUGCUGAUGUGCGAGGAUUACGCUCACCUGGCAGGUCAAGCGAUGCGGGAGCAGCUCGUGCGACUGCAGUCCGUGUGGGACGAAAUCCGGCAGCGUGCAGACGAGCGCGAGGCGAAGCUACUGGAAGCGCUGUCUCUGGCAGAGGCGUUCCGGGCCAAGGCCGACCUGCUCCAGGACACGCUGAGGGACACGCAGCACGUGCUCGACGUGCUGGAGGCCCCCGGGGUCGACCCGUUCCUCAUCAAACACCAGGUGGAGGUCGCAGAGGCUGUCAGGAAAGAGGUGGACGGGCUGUGGCAACGCGUAGGGACUCUGCGCUCACUGGGGGCCGAACUCAUCACCACAUGCGGAGAAACAGACAAACAGCAUGUGAUGAACAAGCAGGAGGAGAUCUGCAAGGCCUGGGAUGGUCUGAACAGGACAUGUGGGGACAGGAAGGAGAGGCUGGAGGAGGCCCUCAUGUCCUCCUUGCAGUACCAGCAUGCCUUGCAGACCAUGUUUGCGUACCUGGACCGGGCCAUGCGGGAGCUUAGUGACAUGUCCAGCGUGGCUGUGGACCUCGGUAGCAUCACACAGCAGAUGGAGGAGCUCAAGCUGUACAAGGCAGGGGUGCACCAGCAGCAGGUUGCCAUGGAGACCCUCAGCCACAAGGGGGCAGCGCUGCUACAACGAGCCGCAGACCCAGCAGACAGAAACAAGAUCCAGGAACCGCUGUCAGUGUUGAGGGACCUGUGGGAGCACUUGGGAGGCCAGAUAGUGCAGAGACAGCACCAGGUGGAGGCGGCGCUCCUGGCCAUGGGACAGCUGCCCUACGCCCUGUCCGAGCUGCAGUCUUGGUUCAGCCAAAGCCACGCCUUCCUGAACACGCAGCAGCCGACGAGCUGUGACCCCAAGAGCCUCGAGACGGAACUCGCCAGGAACCGCGUGCUCAAGAAGGAGCUGUUGUCUCGCAGCUCCACGCUGGAGAGGAUCUGUGCCGCAGGCUGGGAGCUCGUCGGCACCACCGCGGGGGACCAGGCUCAGCACGUGCAGGAGCAGCUGGAUUCGCUGAGCCGUGCCUGGGAGAACCUGCUGCUCAAGGUCCAGGCUCAGCAGAACCUAUUGGAGACCUCAUUGCAGAAGGCGGAGUGUUACCACGCCGAGCUGGAGGAGAUCCUGAAGUGGCUCACGCUGACGGAGAGUCGGCUGGAGGAAGCCCAGGCCACAGGGGGCCUUCCUGAGAUGGCCCGCGAGCAGCUGCAGCGGCACAUGGUCCUGCAGGAGCAGCUGGCCCAGCGAGUGGAUCAGUACCACCAUCUCCUGGACCAGAUGGAUGCUUUUCAGGUGGACCAUGGCAAGGAGGACGAAGCAGGACUGAGAACUGCUCAAACUCUGCAGAAACUGACCCUGCUGCAGGACAAAUGGACCAUGAUCAGCACCAAGAUGGAGGAGAAGAAAGUGAGGCUGGAGCAGGUGGUUGUCUUGGCGAUGUCUUUCCAGGCCUCCUUACAAAUGUGCAUCAACUGGCUGAUCCAGGCGGAACAGGCACUGAACAUGGCUCCGCCUCCAAGCCUCAUCCUGGACACCAUUCUUCUCCAGAUCGACCAGCACCAGGAGUUCAUGACUGCGCUGGACUCACACAGAGACCUGGUUGAGGCGCUGGAGAGCGCCGGCGCUCGGCUCGGCUCCGUCGGCCUCGAGCAGGACGUGGUCCUCGUGCGCAGCCUUCUGCUGCGAGUUCAGGCGCGGUGGGACCAGCUGGUGCAGAGCUCCCUGGAACGAGAGCAGCGCCUGGAGAAGGCCCGCACCACAGCUGAGCAGUUCAAGGGCGUGUGGCUUGACUUGUGGGAGUGGCUUCAGGAGGCGGACGGCAAACUGGAUGUAGAUCUGGAGACAACUGAUGAUCCGGAAAAGAUCAACUCUCUGCUGGCUGAACACAAGGAGUUCCAGAAAGUUCUGAGAUCCAAGCGGCCGGUGUUCUACACCACAGUGCGCUUCUGCCGGACCAUCAGGGAACAAGCGACAUUGCCAGCUGACACCCUGAAGCUGGGCAACUUGUUGGGGAAGAUCCGGGACAAGUGGGACUGCAUUUGCGGCAGGAGUGUAGAUAGGCAGCGGCUCCUGGAAGAAGUCCUCCUCCAGGUGGGCCAGGUGGCGGCCGCCCUGCACGGUGUCUUCGACUGGCUCCUGGGGGCGGAGCCUCAGCUUGGGGAGGAGCAGCCCGUGCACGGCGACCUGGGCCUCGUCGCCCAUCUUGUCGACUCGCACAAGGUUCUUCAGCAGGAGCUGAGCAAGAGGGCGGCCAGCGUUGAGGCGCUGAAACGCUCCACCGCGGAGCUCAUGGACAAGGGCUGGAGUCCCUCCAUCUGGGAGAAAAUGGAGCUGGAGGAGCUGAGCCGGCGCUGGGACAGCGUGUGUGUGCUGUCCGUCAACAGGCAGCUCCGCCUCCAGCAGGCACUCAAACAGGCGGAGGAGUUCCGCAGUGCGGUGCAGCGGGUUCGAGCAUGGCUCUCGGGGGCCGAGCAGAGCUUACAGUUCCGGGGUGUUCUGCCAGACGAGCUGGAGCCUCUGCAGAACCUGCUGCACAACCAGAGGGAGCUGAUGGAGGCUCUGCAGGAGAAGCGGCCCGAUGUGGACAAGGCUAUGUCCAUGGGGCAGGAGAUCCUGUCUGCUUGUCACCCAGACAGCAUCACGCCAAUCAGACAAGCGGUCGCCGCCCUGCAGGCUCGCUUCCAGGAGGUGCUGACGUGGGCCAAACUGCACCAGCAACGGCUCGAGAGGGCUCUCCUGGAGCUGCAGGACAGCGCGGCUCAGCUGGACGACCUGCAGUCCUGGCUGCUGUGGGCCGACACCGUCCUGGCCCAGCGAGAGGCGGAGCCUGUGCCUCAGGACGUCCCCCGGCUCAGAGCACUGGUCGUGGACCACCAGGCUUUCAUGGAGGAAGUCGUGCAGAAGCAGACGGAUGUGGAGCGAGUGUCCAAGGCCCAGCAGAGCAAAGGUUCGGGGAGAGGCAGCAGCCCAGCCGACAAACUACGGACCUAUGAGGAGUGCAGCUCCCGCUGGCAGCAGGUGUGGCAGCGCGCUAAUGCCUGCCAGCGCAGGUACAACGACGCCUUGUACAGGGCGGAGGAGCUUGCAGAGGGCCCCGUCUUUGACUUCGAUGUGUGGAGAGAGAGGUUCAUGUGCUGGCUGCGCUACCGCAAGACUGGCGUCAUGGACGUGUUUCGGCCUGUCGACACAGACCAAGACGGCAGGAUCACGCGGCUCGACUUCAUCGAGUGUAUCCUGGCCUCCAAGUUUCCCACGAACCAGCAGGAGCUCACGUCUGUGGCUGACAUCUUUGACCAGAAUGGUGACGGUCACAUCGACUAUUACCAGUUUGUGGCCACACUGCUGUCCAACAGAGAGCUGAACCGUGUGGACAAGGACAGCAUUGAGGACGAGGUACUCAGACAGGUGGUGCAGUGCAGGUGUUUGAAGAGGUUCCAGGUUGAACUGAUGGGAACAAACAAGUACAAAUUCUGGGACUCUGAGUGCUCCGUCCGGAUGCUCUUUGGGUACGUGCUGGUUCAGCUCGGGGGAACCUGGGUGGAUCUGGACCAGUUCCUGCUGAAGUACGACCCCUGCCGAGCAUCCAGCUCGACGAGCUGCGUGGGGCGGAGACUCAGCCGGAAAAGGGGCGGAGACAUGUAGAAGUUCCACCUCCUGGACUCCAGAGAAUCUCCUCCAGCUCCAAGGUUUCAGAUCCACAUGGCAACAGGUCAAGUGUGAGGGGGAGCAGGAGGGGUGGAAACUCAGUGCGGUCAGUGGUUCAGCUGAACAUGGCUGCAGUCCUAACCAUUUUACUAGGACUUCAGUGCUGCAGAGGUUACUGUCCUUUUUCAGCCAAAUCACUGGCACCACACACUUGAACCUGGGGUCAGGACCCUUUACAGUGUUGGGGUCAGGAUCCCUAACAGGGUCUGCUUGACCCUUCAAACAGACAUCCCACACCAGAGAUCUGGUUUUUGCAUCAUGUAACACUGAGGUCAGAGCCCUGACCCUCAACACCACACCUUCCUGGACUUGGUGGGGACCUGCAGGAUUCAAGGACACAGCAAGACACCCCCCCCCACGCACGCACGCACGCACGCACAUUGUCUGAAACCAUUUGUCCCAAACAG